AAGAAAAAAAGCCCCCAAAACCACCACCCAUAUCUGAAAUCUUCGCUCUCUCUCCAUUUUCCUAAAACUAGAAGCAGAGAGAGUCGGAGAGAGGAGAGAGAAAGUGAGUUAGAGAGAGGAAGUGAUACAAAAAUGAAGUUAUCUGCAAAAUCCUUAUCGAGUCCCGGUCGGACAGAGAAGUUCCCACCGCCAUUGAUGAGGUUCCUGAGAACCAACGUGGGGAGCAAAAGCCGAGGAAGGUCACGUUCCAGUCCGAUGUUCGUGCGAAAGAAGAACUCGAACAACACCGCCAUUGAAACACAAGAACCUUCUUCUCCCAAGGUCACAUGCAUGGGACAAGUCCGAGUCAAAAGAUCCAAAACGACACCAAAAAGCCCCCAACAACAACAACCCUCCUGUCGCUGCCAAUGGAUUCCCAGAAAAUCCCUGUUUUUCCGCCACUUUCCCGGGAAAAUUACCAGACCCAAGCUGUGCCGACCCGUUUGGAGCAAGUGGGCGUCUUUCUUUCAGCUCAGUUUUCGAAGAAAAGUGGGAAUUAGAGGAAAAAACCAAUCGGAGAAAAUCGCCUCCUCAAGAAGCGAAGAUUCAGAAGAAGAAGAUGAAGAAGAGAAGGAAAAAGAACCGAUUUUCUUAUCUUCUCUUUCUCCGCCGAAAAACGCUCUGAUUCUUACUCGGUGCAGAUCCGCUCCGUACAGGUCUUCCUCACUGGCGUGUAGGUUCUGGGGUUCGCCAUUAAAUUCCGAAGAAGAACAGAAAAAAGCGAUUGAAAACAGACAAGAAGAAGAAGAAGCAAAAGAAGAAGAAGAAGAAGAAGAUGAUGAUGAUGAUGAAAAGAAACCAAGUUCGGAAAUGGAGAGACUUUCUUGUGAAGAAGCGAAAGUGGAUUCAGAGAUUGAGGAAAUGUCGAGAGUUUUCAAGGAAUUCGACGGGAAAAGGUUAUCGGAAUCUUCGAAAACAGGGGAAGAGAUUGUCGAUAGGCCUUUGAUACUGACGAGGUGUAAAUCGGAACCUGCGAGAACCGGAGAGAAGCUCGAUCCAGAGUUGAGUUUCUGGAGAAACAGAAGAUUGGGUAUAGUAAAUUCAUGCUCAGCAAGUGUUUUGUGAUUAAUUAUAAUUUUCUUUUUUAAGUUUCUUCCUUAUUCUGCUUAAUUCUUCUCCUAAUUUUGGUAACUAUAAAGUCUAAAGCUCAAUAUAGUCUUAUUUGACGAAAUAUAAUAUUCUUUUCUUGGUGGCAAGAUUGAUUUUUGGUCAAGAGAAUCUCCAUUAGCUCCAUGGUAAUGUUCAAAAAAAAAAAAAAAACACAGAAAGAAAGAUUAGUUUG